GUCCGCAAACAAAAACAGUUCAACAUUACUAAUUUGACAUAAAUCAAAGGACUUUUAAGACUUUUAAAUACCCAAACAUCAGUUUCAACAUGAAGUUCAGUGUUGCAUUUGCUUUGUUGGUGAUCGUCGGCUUUGUGGCCAGCGGCGAUGCCUUGCCAGCCAGGAAAAGAAUGGUCUACUAUCAGCAACCCGCCGCGGCCGAGUGGUACGGAUCUGCUCCCCAGCAGAGGAUUAUGUACAUGCAGUAUGUGCAGCCAGGACGCACGCAUGCGCGCUCCACUCAAGCGGCCAGCGCACUUGUGGCUGGCGAAACUGUUGCCACAGGCACAUAUCUAAAGGAUUGCAAUCACGCAGAGUCCGAGUUGGCAGUCAACGCCGAUGGCAUUAGCGCAGAGAGUGCCCAGGCUGAUGAUGUCUUGAGCGCAGCCGGUGCUCAUGGUGCCAGUUCCGUGGCCGAAGCCUAUCCUGAGGAAGCACCUGUCGUCCAGAUCGCCAUUGAUAGCAGUGACAGCGUCGAUGCCGAAGCUCAACCCGCUGAGGCUGAAAGCGAUGAUGCCGCCAAGGUACCUCGUGACUUUAACUUUGCCGCCGAGGAAGCUGCUCCAGCCGUUGAACAACCUGUGCCAGAGCCAGCUGUUGCCCAGAUUGGCGCCGAUGAUGAUGCGCUGCCCGCUCCAGCUCCAAUUGCACCCGUUGCCGCUAUCGUUCCCACCAACCGUUAUCUGCCCGCCAAGAAGAAGGUGAUCGUUGAGCUGGACCAGUCUGCUGAGGAUGCUGAGGAAGCCCAAGUAGCUGCUUUUGAGGAUGAGGAGGUCGAGAAUGCUGUUGCCGAUGAUGUUGAAGAGGAUGAGGAAGAGUUGGCCGUGCCCGUCAAGCCCGUAGCUAAGUACCCUGCCCGUGUGCCCAACGCUCGCCGUCCUGCUGCCAAGAAGCCCGUCCCCGUUGCUGGCAAGCCAGUAAAGAAGCCCGCUGCUCCUCUGCCCGCCGGAACCUUCUUCCCAAUUGACUUCGGUGGCACCAACGGUGGCGCCAUUGCCAUUGCCAACUCGUUCAGCACCGGUGAGGGCGGCUCUGCCACCUCGCACGCCAUCGCGUACGGCUCUCCGGAUGCAGUUCGCGCUCGUGUCCGUCCCAACCCCAGCAAGCGUCGCCAUUAAUCUGUUGCUUCCAUAGCAUAGCUUCACGACUGACGCUCAUCCCCAUUGCGACGUCACUUGAAUACUUACCACCAAUUCUUGCUAACGCAUCAGGCGAUGCAACGAUACUUUAACUUUGAGUC